AAGCAGAAUUAGACUCUUAUAUAAAGAGAGAAUGCACCCAUCCAUCGUUGACAAGGAAGUAUUCAAGUUCUUUCUCUAAAGAUCCCAGCUGAUCAAUGGCCGACAAUGGUUACACGAACAGAGGGACCGGCGGCAGGCUGGGCACCAGGAGCCAGGCAUUGGACACCACCUACCGCAAGGCGGAAGACGUACAGACCAUACCAGCCGUUGUUGUCACCAAAACUCAAGUACACCAAGAUCAUGUCUGCAGACCCGUUAUUGUUGAUGCUGAUGGUACAACUAGGCCUGGUAUUGUGAUCCUCCCUCCCGAAACUCAGACGGAAGGCAUUGUUACCAAGAUCGAGACCGUCGUGGAACGGGUGUAUGCACCUUCUACAACUCCAUAUACAACUGGCUCUGUUACUCUGCUGGAACCAAAAGAGGAAUAUGUCGUUGUGGCCAAUGGGUUAGGCAAGCAAGGCCGAGACCAACCAUCCAAUAUCAAUGAAUUUAUUAGCAAUGUCCAAACAACGGCGAGUGGUGGUGGUAGGACCGGUUUCCCCGUCAGCACGUUUCAGCGUCAAUCACCUGACAUCAAUGGCUUUGGUGCCGCAAACGACGUUGGCACCAAUGGACGGAGUAGGCCGGCUGGUGGGGCAACAAACGAUGUUGGCAGCAAUGCAUGGGGUAGGCCAGCUGGUGGGGCAACAAACGGUGUUGGCACCAAUGGGUGGAGCAGGUCGAGUGGUGGGACCGCCUAUGAAAAAAGCCCCGAUGGAUGGAGUAAGCCAAGUGGUGGGACUACGAACGUUACCGGCAUCAGUGAGUGGAGCAGGCCGAGUGGUGGGACCACCAAAGACACUGGCAAUAAUGGGUGGAGUGGGCUGAGUGGUGGGACCACCAAAGACACUGGUACCAGUGGGUGGAGUGGGCCCAUCAGUGGGACCACCAAAGACACUGGCACCUAUGGAUGGGGCAGGCCAAGUGACAAUCCCAGCAGUGGGUUGAGUAAACCAACGGGUGGGGCUAACACUGGCCCUGGCACCAAAGGGUGGAGUACUACGAGUGGCCCCACCAACGACACCAGUAGGCCAAUUGGUGGGCCCACCACAGACACAGGCGCUAGUCGAUGGACUAGGCCGAGCGGUCCUGGCAAAAACGAACUAGAUGGUCCACCAAAACCUGCCACUGUCGCUACAUAUGGGUGGCGUAAGCCGAGCAGCGAUUCCGAUGAUGUCAGCGGUGGUCCACGCAUACCCACUCCAGUCACAAACAGUGGCUGGGUUAGGCCGAGCAGCUUGAAUUUGGACACUGGUGCCAUCAAUGAUUAUGGGACCGCCCCACGUCAGGGCCGAUUCUCAUCUCCAGUCCCUCCGAAACAGACCACUGAGGAAACAAUAGACAGUCAGGAAGCUGCACGAAGGUUUAACGGCGUUGCAGUCAAAGGAACUCCUACCGCGGCCAUAGAUAGCCGAGAGGCAGCCAAAAGGUACCAUGGCACGUUCAUCCCCUGA